GAAAUUCUGGGACGGGAGGAGCGACUGAACACACCAGAGAUUAUUCUCGAAGAACUCAAACUCAGAAAAUUUGGGCUGGAAUCGCACCCCACGUCCAAUAAGGACACAUUUGUCCACAAAACAGCCAGCUAUCUGAAAUGGCUGCAGACAGAAGACGCCAAGAUCAAUGCGCUGAUGAAGCAGAUCUCUGAAGGUGGGUGUGUAGACGUGUAUAUGGAUUAUACAGGUUACAAUGGGCUUAUUUGA